UUAAAAGAAAUUUGGGUUUACCUAUUCUUUUCUACUUAUUUGUUUACAUAUGUUUUGGACAAAAAUUUAUUAGGAAAGCCCAACUAAUAUUCCUAAUUUUACACAGCUUUCAUUGGUGAAAAAGAGAAGGCACAGCAGCACCUCUCUCGCUCUCUCGCUUCUCCUUUGUACCACCGGAAAAUGUCGUUGCGCCGUUGAGCAGAGACCGUCAUCGACUGCUGCGGUGUGCCCUCAUUCAUUUCUUCUCCUUCACUAUUCACGGAAUCCGAAGAUUUCAAACCUUUGAGCUUUAUCCACCAGCUUCAGUUCUAGCAAAAUUCCAAGUUGAUCGCGAGUAGACAGGGAAAAGACAAGGUGUAGGAGUAAGCAAUCACCAGAUCGAGGAAUUUUGAAUGCACGAGGCAGCUGGAGUUUAUGGUUCUUCAAUCAUCUCCCAUAUCCUACUCAAAGUUCUUGCCAUUGCUCAGGCAAACCAAGUCCGUAAAUGAGGGCCUCCAAAUCCAUGCCCAGAUAGUUAAGCAUGGAUUAUCCCAUGAUCCUAAUCAUCGUAACCAUUUGAUAAAUUUUUAUUCCAAGUCUAGAGCUAUUUCCCAUGCCCGCAAACUGCUUGAUGAAAGUCCUGAACCGGAUUUGGUUUCUUGGUCCUCGCUGAUAUCUGGGUAUGCACAGAACGGCCUUGGCGCAAAGGCUACUUUGGCCUUCCACAAAAUGCAGGCCUUGGGCGUUAAGGGGAACGAGUUCACCUUCCCCAGCGUGCUCAAGGCUUGUGCAAACACGAGCGAUUUUGUGCUUGGGAAGCAGGUUCAUGGAAUUGUAGUAGUUGCUGGAUUUGAGUCGGAUGUUUUUGUGGCAAAUACUUUAGUGCUCAUGUAUGCGAAAUGUGGUAGUAUUGUUGAUUCCAGGAGGUUGUUUGAGGACAUCCCGGAUAGAAACGUGGUUUCUUGGAAUGCUUUGUUGACAUGUUAUACUCAAAGCGAUCUUUUUGGGAAAGCAAUGGGAUUAUUUCAGGAGAUGGUUGUGGGUGGAAUUAGGCCCGAUGAGUAUAGUUUGUCAACUAUAUUAAAUGCUGCCACAGGUUUAGGAGAUAUUGGUCAAGGGAAGAAGAUUCAUGGCUAUUUGAUAAAGCUGGGGUACGAGAGUGAUCCGUUCUCAUCGAAUGCACUAGUAGACAUGUAUGCAAAAGGAGGAGAUCUAGGAGGUGCGAUAGCUGUUUUUGGUAAUGUGCCAGAACCUGAUAUUGUUUCUUGGAAUGCUCUUAUUGCUGGUUGUGUAUCUCACGAACAUCAUGUUUGGGCUUUGGAAUUGUUAGAUCGGAUGAAAAGCUCCGGGGUGAACCCUAAUAUGUUCACCAUGUCUAGUGCUCUUAGAGCUUGUGCAGCAUUAGGUGUGAAGGAAUUGGGUAAACAGUUUCAUGCCAAAUUGAUAAAGCUGGAGACGAUGACAGAUCGCUUUGUGAGUGUUGGCCUCAUUGACAUGUAUAGUAAGUGUCGUUUGAUGAAGUAUGCUUUAACUGUUUAUCAUUUGAUGCCGGAAAAGGAAUUGGUUGCAAUAAAUGCAUUGAUCUCUGGACUCUCACAGAAUGGGGAGAUCAGGGAAGCUCUUACCCUAUUUCAAGAGAUGCAUAAGGAAUUUAUGGAAUUUAACCAUGCUACUUUACUAGCAGUGCUUAAUGCUAUUGCUGACUUGCAGGCUACUAGCAUGUGCAAGCAAGUUCACACGCUUAUUAUGAAGUGUGGUUACGAAGCUGAUAAUUUCAUUACAAACAGCCUUGUUGACUCAUAUGGGAAAUGUAGUCAGGUUAAUGAUGCAGCUAGAGUUUUUAGAGAAUGCCCCAAUGUGGAUCUACCAUCUUUUACAUCAAUAAUGACGGCAUAUGCUCAACGGGGGCAAGGUGAAGAAGCUUUGAAGCUCUAUUUGAAGCUAUCAGAAAUGGGUAUCAAGCCAGAUUCUUUCGUUUUCAGUUCUCUUCUCAAUGCCUGUGCAAAUUUAUCAGCUUAUGAGCAGGGGAAGCAAAUUCAUGUCCAUGUCUUGAAAAUGGGGUUUAGCUCAGAUAUCUUUGCUGGGAAUUCCCUUGUCAACAUGUAUGCCAAAUGUGGAAGUAUCGAGGACGCUGGUUGCACUUUCUCUGAGGUUCCGGAGAGAAGUGUUGUCUCCUGGUCCGCGAUGAUUGGUGGACUAGCACAACACGGCCUGGGUAAAGAGGCCCUCGAUUUGUUCAAUGACAUGUUGAAAAAUGGUACAACUCCCAAUCACGUAACAUUAGUCAGUGUCCUAUCUGCCUGUAAUCAUGCUGGUCUAGUUGAUGAAGCUCAACGGUAUUUUGACACUAUGAAGGAGCGAUUUGGCAUAGAACGAACGCAGGAGCACUAUGCUUGCAUGAUUGAUGUCCUUGGCCGAGCUGGUAAGUUGGAUGAAGCAAAGGACCUCGUUAAUAGCAUGCCGUUUGAAACUAAUGGCGCCAUAUGGGGGACACUUCUUGGAGCCGCCAGAAUUCAUAAGGAUGUAGAGCUAGGACAACAUGCUGCUGAGAUGCUCUAUACUCUUGAACCAGAAAAAUCGAGUACACAUACUCUCCUGGCUAAUAUUUAUGCCUCGGCAGGAUUAUGGGAGGACGUUGCUAAGGUGCGCAGAUUAAUGAAAGACAGGAAAGUGAAGAAGGAACCCGGGAUGAGCUGGAUGGAGGUGAAAGAUAAGAUACACACAUUUAUUGUUGGAGACAGCAGCCAUCCUAGAAGUGAAGAGAUAUAUUUGAAACUCGAGGAACUGGGGCAUCUAAUGGCCAAAGCGGGUUAUGUUCCUUUGUUGGACACAGACCUCCAUCGUGUUGAAAGUAAAGAAAAGGAGAUUCUCCUCUCGUACCACAGUGAAAAGCUUGCUGUGGCUUUUGGACUGAUAGCCACCCCGCCCGGAGCUCCUAUUAGGGUGAAGAAGAACCUUCGUAUCUGUUUGGAUUGCCAUACAUCGUUCAAGUACAUCUCUAAGAUAGUAUCGAGAGAGAUCUUUGUUAGAGAUAUCAAUCGUUUCCACCACUUCAGGGACGGGUCUUGUUCCUGUGGGGAUUAUUGGUAGUGUGCUCUACCUGUAGCAUGAUGGAGCAAUUCUAACGACGUGUUGCUUCAGGAGAAUGCUUCUUAUUAGAAAUGGGCCACUUGAGCUUGUGCAGGUACGUGGCAACGUUGUGUGCUCAACGUUAGUUAUUGAUAAGGAUUCUACCUGAUUAUGAUGAAGGUGUACAGAAGUGGAGUAAACUCCUUGAUCAUAAGCUCAUUAUACAGCCUUACCACAACAAAUGAUAGAUGCUGGCACCAUCGGAAUCCCCAAUGCAGAGGCUCCACCAGAUAUGAACACGGCAUCUCUCCCCACCUUGGCUAUUCCCCCCUCCAACCCCAGAACCUGCAGUUUGUUAGGGUUGCUAUUCCCCUUGCAACACCAGCCCUGAUGCUUCCCCUCCAACAGCAUCCCCUGCCCCAACAAGAAUUCACUACGGCGGUUGGUUGGAAGGUGUCCACUGACGAAGGAUUUCUUCGCUGUCAUAAUAUUACACAGCUAACCUCCAGCUUCUCUUAGGAUCAUGGUGGAGCUCAGCACAGAUGGAUUUAUUGACCUAUGUUACUUUAAAAUGAUCAAAGUUCCUUGAUCUUUUGGGUAUUCAUUUGCUCUGCAAAUUGUCUCGUUUCGCAAGCAUGAUUAUGACCCCCCACCGGUCGGAUCAACAAUUUUUUGGUCGGAUCGGAAAAUUAUCCGUGGUCAAUUUCAACUCCAGACUUGAGGACAAGGCUGUUUCAAGAGUGGAGUAAUUGAUAGAGAAUUUGAUAUGUAGAUAAAAUAAGGUCAUGUUAGGCCAUCAAAGUCCAUCUUGGCCCGCUAAGGCCCGGAGUGAAUUAAUUCAAAUGAAUGGAUUAUUUAACAGCCUAAAAAAGUAAGAUAGCAUAUCCUUAUCUUAAAGCCCAUCUUAAUUAUCUUGUGCUAAUUUAACAUGCCUAACAAAUAUGCAUUUAGUUAUUAAUUGUUUAGAUAUUAUA